AUCACAAGCAGCAGCACAACCAUCCAGAAUUUCUCAAAUACGUAAUUGCACAAAGUUCCCUUUUGUCUGCUUCUCUGUAGAAGCUUGCAUAAGUAAGAAUAUCGAGCAAUGGAGAUUGUUACUGCCGUUGUUGGUCCUCUGGUUGAGUCUCUCGUACUCCCCGUUAAGAAACACCUCGUUUACUUGAUUUUCUACGAAAAGUAUGUGAGGGAUAUGGGUACAAAAAUGAGAGAGUUGAAAGCUACAAGACUCGGUGUUGAAGACCACAUAAACCAUAACAAAAGCAAUUCCCUUAAGGUUCCAAUGGAGGUCAGUGGUUGGUUGGAAGAAGUAGGAAAUAUUGAAGCACAAGUACUGGAAACAAGUCCUAGUGAUGUCGGCAGUUGCUUCAAUCUCAAGGAUAGGCAUAAGCUAGGAAGGAAAGCCUUUAAGAUCACUCAGGAUAUCGAYCGUCUCACAAAAGAGAAGUCUAGGAUUGAUUGGACUGAUCAUCCAAUUCCUCUUGCAAAAGUUGAUUCCAUGAAGCUUUCCACCUCCACACCAUCAAGUCAUCACAAUGACUUCAAAUCAAGAGAGCAGACUUUUAUGGAAGCACUUAAAGCUCUCGAACCAGACAACAAAACCCACAUAAUAGCUUUAUGUGGGAUGGGGGGAGUCGGGAAGACCGUAAUGGUGCAAAAGCUAAAGAAAGUUGUAACUGAAAAGAAGUUGUUUGAUUUUAUUAUUGAGGCUGUUAUAGGGGAAAAGAUGGAGGUGCUUCUAAUUCAGCAAGCUAUAGCAGACUUCYUGAGUUUAGAUCUAAAAGAAACCACUACAGCAGCUAGAGCUAUUAAGCUUCGUAAAAAUUUCGAGGCCUGUUCUGAUGGUGGUAAGAAGAAGUUCCUAAUACUACUAGAUGAUGUAUGGCAGUUCGUUGAUCUGAAUGAUAUCGGGUUAAGUCCAUUGCCAAAUCAAGGUAUCGAUUUUAAGGUAUUAUUGACAUCACGAGACCGAGGUGUUUGUACUAUGAUGGGAGUUGAACUUAGUUCAAUUCUCAAUGUGAAAGUCAUAGAGAACUCAGAAGCACAUAAUUUCUUUCUCCAAUUUGUAAAGGGUUACGAUGAUGAUGAUCUUGAUCUUGAGCUCCGUGAGAUAGGAGAAGAUAUUGCAAAUAGAUGUCAUGGUCURCCCAUUGCCAUCAAAACCAUAGCUCGUACUCUUAAAGGUAAAAGCAAGCAUGUAUGGGAAGAUACACGUUCUAGAAUAGAGAACAAAGAUGUUGAUGAAGCCGUGCAUCAAGUUUUUGAGAUAAGCUUCAGAAAUCUCCAUGAUGAARAGACUAGAUCAACUUUGUUGUUGUGUUGUUUGUUUCCCGAAGAUUUCGAUACUCCUGUGGAGGAGUUAGUAAGGUACGGUUAGGGCUUGAGAAUGUUUAACAAAGUGGAUACUAUAAGAAAAGCAAGAAACAGGUUGAACACAUGCAUUGAGCGACUCAUACAUGCAAAUUUGUUGAUUCAAAGUGAGAAAGUUGGUUAUGUCAAGAUGCACGAUCUAGUGCGUGCUUUUGUUUUAGACAUGUGUUCUGAAGGCGAACAUGCUUCAGUUGUCGGUGAUAUGUCAAAGUGGCCUGCAAAACCUGUGAGCGAUUUUUGCAAAAGAAUUUUAAUAACAUGCACAGGAAUGUCUGAGUUUCCUAGAGAUCGUAAAUAUCCAAACCUCUUGUUAUUGAAGCUUAUGAAUGGAGAGAAGUCGUUUCCUAAAGACUUUUAUCAAGAAAUGGAGAAACUUGAAGUAAUAGUGUAUGAAAGAAUGAUGUAUCCAUUGAUUCCCAUAUCACAAUAUUCGAGUAAUCUUCGAAUGCUAAGUAUCCAUGAAUGCCCAUUUAUGUUUGAUUGCUCUCCUGUUGGUGAUCUUUUGAACUUGGAAUUGCUUCAUUUUUCCUAUUGCAAAAUAGAAAAGUUACCAUCCACAAUUGGAAAUUUGAAGGAGCUAAAGUUACUUGAGUUCACAGGCUGUAGUAAUCUUUGUAUUCAUGAUGGUGUCUUGAAAAGUUUGGUCAAACUUGAAGAGCUUUACAUGCGUGGGGUUAGACGACAUGCUGAUGGUGAUGAAUUAGUGGAGUGUUAAAAAAACCUUGAUGCAAUAGAAAUUGAGUUUUUUGGUGAUAAUGCUUUGCCAAAGAAUAUGUCAUUUGGGAAACUUGAAUGGUUCCAGAUCUCUUUGGGAUGCUCUUUAGAUGAUUAUGAUCUCCAAAACAAAGAUUCACUCGAAAACACAUUAUGUUUGGUGACCAACAAAUGUGAACUUUUGGAUUCUAGGGUGAAUGAUUUGUUUGGAAAAACAAAGGUGCUUCAUUUACAAGUGGAUGGUAUAAAUGAUCUUGGAGAUUGUUUAGGGGAAUCCUUGCAUCGUUUUGGAUGCCCAUUUUUCAGUUUAAAAGUCCUUCAUAUUUGUAAGUGUGCACAUUUGAGAUACCUCUUCACAGUCCAUGUGGCAAAUGGUCUGAAUCAGCUUGAGCACCUCAAAAUUAUCAAGUGCCCUGCAUUGGAAACACUUAUAGGUGAUGAGAAUUGUGAAGUCGAGGUCAUUAAAUUUCCAGCUCUAAAGUUUCUAUUUUUGAUUAAUCUACCAACGCUAAUGAGUUUGUGCAAGCUGGGUGGCAACGUUAUUGAGUUCCCACAACUGGAAGAAUUGGAACUUGAUAACCUUCCAAAUUUCACUAGCAUUUAUCAAGAUUUUCUAAAGAAAGAGGUACAUAUUUCUAAGUUGAAGGAUUUGACAAUUAUGAAGAUGAAGAAGUUGAAGGAGAUAUGGCCAAGUCAAUAUUUGAGUAGUAACGAGGUUAGUCAAUUGAGAAAGAUUCAAGUGAAAAAAUGUGAUAGUCUUGUGAACUUGUUUCCAAGCAAUCCAAUGUCGUUGUUGUAUCAUCUGGAACAACUUAGAGUUUCCGAAUGUGGUUCCAUUGAUGUGUUAUUCAACAUUGACUUGGGAUCAUGUGUUGGCGAAAUUGAGCAAGGGAACAACAACUUGAGAUCUAUUACAACAAUUGAAUUAAGGAAACUUAGAGAGGUUUGGAGGGUGAAAGGAGUAGUCAACUCUAGUCUCCCCAUUCUUGGCUUUCAAAGUGUUAGCAUAGUGAUAAGAGAAUGCAAGAGGUUAAGAAAUGUAUUCACACCUACCACCUCAAAUUUUGACAUGAGGGCACUUAAGGAGAUUACUAUAGAUGGCAUUGAUGGUUGGGGAGAAAAUAAAAGCAACAAUGAAGAUGUAUGUUGUGUCAUCCUAACUUUCAGUUUCAUCAUAAAAUUGUUGAUGCAAUUUAGUUAUUGUUAA